AGGAUAGGAAAGCAAAACGUUGAGGGAAAAAUGUCGCAUCCCAAGGCAAAUGGUGGAAGGAAGGGAGGAAGAAAUGGAUUGGUAGCAGUUGCAAUAGACAAAGAGAAAAGUAGCCAGUCUGCUUUAAAAUGGGCGGUGGAGAAUCUACUCGUCAAAGGCCAAACUGUUAUCCUAAUUCAUGUCCUCCACAAAACAUCAUUGUCUUCAUCUAAUUCAAUUUCUGACGUCAGCUCAGCUGAAUCACCACACAGGCAGCAUCUUGAGAGGUUAACAAAGGACGUAUUCCUUACCUUCCGUUGCUUUUGUACUUGUAAAGACGUACAAUGCUUUGAUGUUGUACUUGAAGACCCUGAUAUAGUAAGGGCAUUAACAGAAUACGUUUCCAAUGCUGCAAUUGAAAACCUGGUUCUUGGUUGCUCAUCUCGGCAUGGAUUUAUCAGAAAAUUCAAGCCGGAUAUUCCAGGAAGUGUAUCAAAAGGAGCACCAGAUUUUUGCACUGUAUAUGUCAUCUCAAAAGGAAAAAUAUCUUCAGUGCGAAAUGCUUCUCGACCAGCCCCAUUCACAUCACCACUAACACAUCAAAUACAGAUAUUAAAUGAAAGAAAUGAUGAUAUUUUUGACACACAGUCCAGACAGAGCAUGAAACUGCUUAGAGACAGGACAUCAUUCAAGCCUCGACGCUCAGUUGAGGAAUCCUUCAGGUCGCCAAUCCUAAGAGGACCAAGAGGCAUACCGGUCAAAACGUUGAUGGAUUUCUCAGAAUCAGAUACUGACAUAUCAUUUAUAAGCUCUGAAAGACCAAGCACUGACCGUACAUCUUCUGUUGGGUUUGAUUUUACUGAUUCAGGAAGAACACCACGGCUAUCAACUAGCUCAGAACACAGCUUUGGAUCAAUACGAGUUGGACCCAGGUUCAUGGACCUUGGCUCUCUAAAUGAGCAUUCAACUAUUUCACAGGAAAGUGGAAGCACUUCAUGUUCAUGCUCAUCACAAGGCUUGGAUGAAGUGGAAGCUGAGAUGAAGAGGCUAAAGUUAGAAUUGAAGCAAACGAUGGAUUUGUACAGUAAUGCAUGCAGGGAAGCACUUAAAGCAAAACAAAAGGCAUCAGAGAUGCAGCACUUGAAACUUGAAGAAGAAAAACGAUUAGAAGAGGCAAGACUUAAAGGGGAAGUUGCACUUUCAGUCGCAGAGAAGGAGAGAGCUAGGUGCCAGGAAGCCGCAGAAGCAGCUGAAGCUGCUCAGAAGAUAGCAGAAUCAGAAGCACAAAGAAGACUCAAUGCAGAAAUGAAAGCCCUCCAAGAAGCAGAGGAAAUGAAGAAGCUAAUCGAUUCUCUAGCCAAAAAGGAUAUCAGAUACAGGAGAUAUAAUAUUGAUGAUAUUGUGGCAGCAACAGAAGACUUCUCUGAUUCUCGUAAAAUUGGGGAAGGAGGUUAUGGUCCUGUCUACAAGUGUUAUCUUGAUCAUACACCAGUUGCAGUUAAGGUUUUACGUCCCGACGCUGCUCAAGGAAGGUCACAAUUUCAGCAAGAGAUUGCAGUACUUAGCUGCAUACGACAUCCAAACAUGGUACUUCUUCUAGGAGCUUGCCCAGAGUAUGGCAUUCUGGUAUAUGAAUACAUGGCUAAAGGAAGCUUAGAAGAUUGUCUUUUCCACAAAGGAAAUACGCCAGCCCUUUCUUGGCAACAAAGGUUUAGAAUUGCUGCAGAGAUUGCUACGGGCCUACUCUUCCUCCAUCAGGCAAAGCCAGAGCCCAUAGUACACCGUGACCUCAAGCCCGGUAACAUUUUACUAGAUUAUAACUAUGUCAGCAAGAUCAGUGAUGUUGGACUGGCCAGGCUUGUCCCUGUUAUUGCUGAGAAUGUAACCCAGUGCCGCAUGACAUCCACAGCCGGAACUUUCUGCUAUAUUGAUCCGGAGUAUCAACAAACAGGAAUGCUUGGUGUAAAAUCUGAUGUAUAUUCAUUAGGAAUCAUGCUCCUGCAGGUGAUAACAGCUAAGCCAGCAAUGGGCUUGACCCACCAUGUUGAACAAGCAAUUGAGAAGGGUAAAUUUGCUGAGAUGUUGGAUCCAGCUGUACCAGAUUGGCCAGUUGAACAAGCUUUGUGCUUUGCAAAGCUGGCACUACAAUGUGCAGAACUCAGAAGGAAGGAUAGGCCAGACCUUGGCAAGGAAGUAUUGCCAGAACUCAACAGAUUGAGAGAAUUUUCUGAAGAAAAAAUGACCCACAACUUCUUAGGAGGCAGUGCAGCACCUCCCCCCUUCCAAGGCCGUACUUCAUCAUUGCAGGAUUUGUUAAGCGAAACAGAUGAAGUAAAUUCAGGAAGCUCAAAGACCCAAUCAAGCUCAUCCUCACAUCCAGAAAUACAAACAGGUGUAGAUUGAGAAACAACUCAAACGUAGAGCACAAAGGUUGAAGUUAAAACAUGUAUUUUGUACAUUAUACUUUUAUAUCUCGUAUUCAUAGGACCAACUUAAGAAGAGUGGGGGAAGUCAUUACAUUUAUGCCCAAGUUUAGAUCCUUAACAUAACAUUUGAAGUUGUGACCAAGCUCAUUGAGUUUGACUUCUUUUUUUCUCCCUAUCAUUUCUGUAGAUAUACAAUUCAAAAUCGACAUUAGUUUAUUGACACAUAAUUACGUACAUACGAACCAAAAAUAAAGGGAUAUAGCAUUUUUGCAGGGCAAUACUGGAUGGAACGAACCAACUUACAGUAUUCUUGUUUUGCUGAUCAAGAUGUGAACUUCAAAUCACCAUUUAUGAAAAAGGGAGAAAAGCAUAUAAACAAUCAUUAUUUUCUAUACAUAUAUGCAUAUAAUUGAAGCAAAAACCAUCAACAUUCAACAGUUCUAUAAAUUAGAUCAUAAUAACUACUGAACUUCAGUGAAUAAUGUUUCUUGUAAAAAAUUAAUGUGUACGCAAUUGAAGUUUAAAACUGAACCUAAUUACCUAAUAUUCAAUUUACGAAAAUUAAACAGAUUAUAAUUGAGUCAAGAAAUUGAAUAAUUAAUCAUUACCUGUGAUUCUGAUAUCUAAAAUCUUACCUGGGAAGUUAUAUGUCGAGCAAGAAAGCCCAUCUCAUCUUCUUCAUUGGUUCAACACAUCAUUCAUGUUCCGUUGGAGACCUCUAUCGACUCUCUCUUGUCUCUUUCCUGUCAGCACUGCUACUGUCAUAUACUCAUAUGAUCUCUCGAGAAAGCCCAAGACUUGCUCGAAAAAAUGUCCAAACGAAAUCUUGAUCAGCUGCACUCCAUUACAGAAUUAGGGGAGCAAGUGUAACAGGGUUUAGUUUACACCAGAAAGCAGAUAAAGAUCGGGGUUCUACCCACUUGCAACAACACUUACCAACACAAAACCUAAAUUCUCAUGAUGUACCUGAACAAGCCGUAUACAUUGUUCUUGAGGUCUGAACAUCAGAACAUGGAAUGGAACACAAAACGGUCGAAAGAGAUGGUUUUUUGGCAUCUGGGUUUGGUUGGAAAAUUGGCAUAAAAGAGUACCGUUUAUAGAGCACCAAUAGGAGGAUCUAAAUAACACCGGGUCGAUUGACGCCAAUUGUACACGAGUCGGGUUCAAAAGACAUACAAACCCAUCCUUUCCGCGUUAAGUCGCUCUCAGUUGGAGAACAAAUCUUGAGUUCUCUGUUUGGCAGUAGCUCUUCUUCAUCAAAAGAAAAGAACACCGCCGAUUAUUGCCCUGGAGAGCGAGUUUCUGCGUUUUAUUGAUGUCGCAAGGAAGGCUGCCGCUGCUGCUUCUGCACUCAACAGGGUCUCCCCGUGUGGUCCUGAGGUUUUCCGCUGUCUCGACGCCCUGAAACGGCUCCAAGACUUCCCGGCGACACGCGGUCUUGUUGAGUCAACUCUGCUUCACAAGAAGCUGUUCCCUCUCACAAGGCAUCCAAUCCUUAAAAUUCGUAAUGCCGCCGCAGCCUUGAUUCAGAAAUCCAAGAAGGGAAGCUGUGAUCAUCAGCAUUGCAAACAGAGCAAGAAAGGUCACACCAGAUGAACUUGUAAGCAUGACCGCAGAAGAGAUGGAAAUCCAUCAAAGGAGGAAAGAAAAUCCAGACCUGCAAGAGACGGACUUCUGAAGUUUUUUUUGGUACAAGUUCUGUUCUUUCAGUGUUCUGCUUUGAAGGUUUAAGGAAUACGGUAAAACUUGAUUAGUUGAAUAGUUUUGAAUUAGUAGAAUGUGAAUUUUUUAUGCGGAUGAAUGAAAUAUUCAGAAAUUUUUACAU